CAUGACAUUUGUUUUCUUUUGCAAUGCUUUGAUUUUAGUCUAGAUUAAAUCAGUCUAGAGCAGAUCUACAUCUAGAAUAAUGUAGAUCUACACUAGUACAGAGAUAUAGAAUCUAGAUAUGUGAAAAUGAGUGAUUUAGAUCUAGUACAAAAUAAUAAAAGUCCUGCUUAAUGACAUUCAUAUGAUGAUAUUAAUCAUAAUGAAAAUACAUUCACUUCAAUUCAUAUUCAUAUAUGAUGAUAUUCACUUAAUUCACUGUCUUAGUGUCUAGAUCUAAGUCAACUAAGUGUCUUUGACCUGACUUAAGUUUUUUUUUUUGUCGACUUGUAGAUCUAUGAAUUAUUAACUGUAACUGUGAAUUAUUAGUUUUAGUCCUCUUCUUUUGUGAAGCAAAAUCUUGAAAAUGAUGUAUGAUUUAUUUGAAUUUGUGAGGCUUAUGUCUGUUACACCCAUUCAAGGUGCUAAAAGAAGUAAAGGUGUCAAUGUCAACGAACAUAUUGAGAUAAAAAAAUUUGCUUGGAAGGAAGAAGAAGAAAUUAGUUUUUUAGCACUAAUGUGUUCAAAUGAUUAUAUUAUCCUGCGGUAUGAUAUGUGUGGACAUAAAUCAGUUAUAAAACAACUACCAUGGUUACCAGACAAAUGUGUUGGUUCUAUGUUCUUUGACCCUACGUUGACAUGGCUACUUCUUGUCACUGAGACAACACAAGAAAUUUUUGUUAUUCCAGCUUUAUCUAUUGUUGAUCCAAAAGCUGCUGUGAAUCAAAUGUUUAAAACUGAUGAUGUUACUCACAUACCAUUUCACAACGCCAACGGGAAUAUUACUUAUGGUCUGUGGUGGCAGACAUUAGAAAGUAAACAAGUUGCUGUGCUUGCCACUAAUGUUGGUGAAAUUAUAUUUGUUGAUCUGUUAAGUGAAAUUACUUUGACCAAAGUUACCAUUGAUGUGACAGUCACUGAACUAUCUUUGUCCCAAGAUGAUUUACAGAUGAAUACAACUCUACUGAUUACUACCAUCACUGGAAAUCAAUGGAAGCUAUUACUUGAGACAAGAGCAACAAUGAAUAAUUUUUCACCUGAUUCUGAACUGUGUGAAUUAGGAUAUGAAACCAUUGAUAACCAUUCAGUACCACCUUCUACAUUACUAGAUCCAGCAGAAUAUAACAGUGCAAUGUUUUCACCUUCAAGAUACCAACACUUUCAACCUCCAACAUUUCUUCAGCCUCAGUUUGCUAGAGGAAGACAUUUCAUUACAGCUCAUAGCACUAGCUCUUCAACUUUGAAGGUUUUAGAUCCAGCUGAUGAGAACACUCCACAUUUUGUUUACAAAUUGCCUCCUGGAACUAGGAGAGCCAUAUUUACAGACAAACUGAUUUUUACUGUUACCAGUGCAGAAGCCAGAACUAAGAAAUUGAUGAUUUUAUCUAAUCAGAAGUCUGAGAAGUCUCUAGAUAAUAAUCAGGCUUUCAACAAAGAAGCAUUAGUUCAAGAGUUUGAUCUCAUUGAAGGAGAAAACUUACUUGGAGUUGAAAGAAAGCGCUAUCCAUUUUAUCUCCAUGAACAUCGGGAAAGUGAAUGGUCUAAACAUUUGGAAUCUGGUCAACUAAUCCAGCCAAUGAAAAACAAAGACCUUUAUUUGGAUAAGGAGGUGUUAAGACUUCCAAUAACUACACACACUGUGCUAGAUGGAUGUGUCCUUGUUACCAGUUAUGCUGUUUAUGAAGUCAGACCCUGUAUCUCUCCUGAGCGUCUCUUUCUUCACAUGGCCAUGUCACUACCAGAAACAACAUGUGCUGAAAAUCUAGCAAUCAGUAUUGGCCUAGACUUGACUAGUUUAUCUGAACUAGCAGCAGAAACAAUGCUCCAACAGUCAUGUUUUGGAAGAGCCAUGAAACUCUAUACUUUGUCCAAGAAACAUCCUAAGUGUCCAGCUACUAAAAGAACUGGAGGUCUGGCCCGUCAUGGCUGUAUUUCAGAAACUCUGGUACAUCUGCGACAAGUUUUAAGUAGCUCAACAUUUGAGCUGAACACGUGGGAAAUCAAAUUUUUGUCCAAUAUGUUGCUUCACUGUUUUGUUUAUCAACUUCAUUGUCCUAGUCAAAAUGUGAGCAGCAUACAAGCAGCACUAGGAGAUUUCUUGCUGGGAAGUUUUUCUUUUGUUGAACAAACUGCUUUAAACCUCUUGUCAGAUUAUGGAGAAAUUGAUCUUCUCAUGUGUUUAGCUAAAGCACGUGGCCUUGUUAUAGAUGCACUCACUUGUCUAGUGAAAUUUGAGACAUCUCCCAAUGUGCCUUUGUCUGCAUUAAGAGAUCUUGUCCAGCGAGGGUUUUCAGCUCAUUUAUUCCAGUCUGGUUGCCUGUUGCCAUAUCUGUCAGCUGAAGAUUUGUUUCAACUUCUUACUAUUAAACCUCACCUAGCCAUCCAGAACAUUGCUUUACUCAAGCCAAUAGUUCCAGUGUUAAAACAGAAUCAUCUGCUGCAGCUUGCAAAAAUAUUUGACCCAUCUAAAUCUGUUAUCAGGGGGAUGCUACUUCAAUUACAAUUACGCAGACGAAGGACUAACAGUCUAACUUCUGUAGCCUCAUUAACAAGUGAUACUUUGGAGAUGGAUCCCAAAGAGAUUCAACCUGAUGUCCUAGUGGAUUUUUUUCUCUUUAUUGUGCUCUAUUUGAAUCUGCUACGCCGUAAGACCAGUUCUACCAACCUAACAACACUUGAUCUAAAUUCAAUAGUCAUUAAUCCUGCAGAUGAGUUAGAAAACAUGGAAAAAGAACACAUACCUGUUGAAACUCACAAGAAACUGUCUAUUCAGCCCCAACCCAUUGCCUGUGGACCUAAACAUUGUGCUGUUAUUAGAAAUGGUGAUGUGUAUACAUGUGGCAAGUCCCAAGGUGGCAGGUUAGGUGUGGGAGAUAUACCUCAGAAUGCUUGCCCACCAGUAAGAGUUGAGAACCUACACACUUUACAACUCAAAGUAGAUGCUGUAGCUUGUGGCUGUGAACAUACACUGGCUUUGACACAACAAGGGGUGUAUGGUUGGGGAAAUUCCAAAUAUGGACAAGUAGGUGUAGGCACUAGUCAUAUAUACAAACGUCCAAUGCUGCUGGAAACCUUACAAUCAGAUACAGUUGUUGCUAUUGACUGUGGGCAGUAUCACUCUUUAGCUUUAACUGCUGACCACCAGAUUUACACAUGGGGAUGGGGAGUACAUGGGCAACUAGGUCAUGGCAACCCUGAAGACUGCUUGAUACCAAAACAUGUGACCUACUUACUGAAUCUUGCAGUUGUCCAAAUAGCUGGUGGUUAUGCUCAUUCUCUGGUACUGACUGAAAGUAUGCGAGUUGAUGAACUCUAUACAAAUGCAAUGGGUGAUGUUUGGUCAUUCGGCUGUGGUUACUUUGGUCAGCUUGGUUUAGGGAUGAACAAUAAAACAACAUAUCCUCAAAAGGUUCUUUUACCAACUGCUGUGACUGCAAUAGGAACAAAAUUUUUUCAUUGUAUUGCAGUGACUGUUACUAAUAAAAUCUAUACUUGGGGUCUACAUCCACAAAACUUACGCCAGAUAGCUUCCUCAAUAAGAAGUGCAAGGCUAGCUGGUUCUAAUGACCAGGAUCAAAAUGCUUUUAUGUUUCCCAGUCUAGUUGAUAGUACUUAUGUUCAUGGUCAAAUCACUAAGGUUUGCUGUGGAAGUUUGCAUAGUGUUUUGUUAACUGAAGAUGGAAGUGUCUAUCUGUGGGGUAGAAAUUUAGAAGGACAGUUGGGUACAGGAUCAAGACAGGAUGAGAGGAUUCCAAAGAUGGUUACCUCAAUAAAUGAUCAACAAAUAGUGGCAAUAGCUAGUGGAGGGGAGUUCACUCUUGCUUUCAGUUCUGAUGGAUGUAUUUGGGCAUGGGGCAAAAAUGACUCUGGCCAGUUAGGUUUUAUAAAAACUCGUAAAGAAAAUCCAGGUCCUAUGACUUUGUCUAAUAACUAUCGUAGAGCUUCUGGCAACUCAACAGAAGCCAAUCUCCCAGCAAUCUUUAGAGGGUUACCUCCACCUGAUGCUAGUCAUUUUCAUUGGGUGACAAUGUUGUCUACAUUAACACAACACAUUUUAUGGGAAGAUCCAUCUGAAACAGAACAUGAAACUACAUGGGAUAAUUUGCCAAGUCUAGACAAACUUGGGAAAGAUAUCUAUGACAAUGCUGUCAUUCCUGUAACCUUAAAGGUAUUGGAAAACUUCUGUGAUACUAAUCUUUGCUUACAACAUUCUGUGGAUGUGGAAGAUUGGCUGAUAGCUGGGCACAUCAGUGAAUUGAAUGCUGAUUAUGUGCAGGCAUUGCAUUAUCGUUUGAAACUUGUUUUCACUGUCAAAGAUAACAUGGAUCCUGUGGCUGUAGUUGUUUUGUGUGCCCAACUGGUUAAGCAUCACAUUAAUCUAAUUGUGGAUAAGAUCAAUUCUAAAAUCACUUUGAGUUUCAUGUUACAACAGGUUUCUUUUCAAGCACUUUAUUUUUGGCAAGAGUGUAAGUUACCCAUUUUUUAUUUAGAAGACAUUUUUAGGGAUCACAUGACAAGCUUUGCUUCUAGUCUUCUAGAUGUUAUAUUAAGGUGUUCCUAUUUCCAACUGAAGGACAUCAACUUUAGCUCACAUUUCUCAUUACAAGUUUUUAAAACCUCUUUGAAAACGUGUGUCAAAGCAAGUGAUAGCACAAGACAAAACAAAGAUCAGAUUACAGCAAUGGUAGAGCAGUAUAUUGCUGAGCAAUUGCAGUCUAGUCUACAACUUCAAGCUAGGAAUAAGUUAACAUCAAAAGAACAACUGUGGACAGGCAUUUUGAGAAACAUGAAGAAAGAAACAGGGGCCAUCACCCUCACACAUACACAACUUGAUCAUUUAGUGGACACUGGAGACCAUAGUGAAGCUUUUCAAUCCACUAGCAACUCAGUUUUAUUUACUUGUGGACAUCACUACUCGAAGAAAAGAUUCGCAACAGAUGGUGUCGGUUGGUUGGUGUCAGAAAUUAUUUCUUCUCCAGUCAGCCUUCCAUAUUCAGCUACUUUGAUAAAACAUAUUCUAAAUGAAUGCCAGAUUAAACCCAGUUCAUGUCCUAGAUGUGUUCUACAAGGUUUGCAUGUCCCAUAGCUCAAGGUUGUCUACUGACAUGGAAAUCAAUGAACACAUAAAAUGUUUCAAUUAUUUCCAGAUGUAUGUGUUAAAGGUUUAGCACUAAUAUAUAUGCAUUCAUUUUUUGGGUCAUAUUUUAUGUAAUAGAACUUCUGUAUUUAUUGUAUAUGUCAGUGUUAUGAAGGUGUCAUAACUACUAUUGGAUGUUACUGCUUUUAAAGCUCUUGCUUCCAAAGUAGGAGCUAUUGCUGAAGUCACUUCCAAAGUCACUUAUUUGUAACAUUUUUCUUGUGCACCUUCUUUUUGUUUUCUAGUUGUAGAACUUGUUCAUUCACUUCUAGUUCAAAUCAGGGGACUAUUUGUAUUAUUAUUAGGAUUAGAAAUGCUUUUAUGUUUGUUUUAUGUUCAACUUUUUUCAUUCAAUGACUUGCAGGACAAGUGACUAAUAAGGAAAUGUGUAUCUUUAACUUGUCCAAACAUUUUUUUUUUCAUUAUUCAUUUACAUUGUAAAAAUUCUAGUCACUUUAUUUUAUGAAAAGCCAUUUUAAAAUUCCCAAUUUUAUAAUCAUUAAAUUUUAAAAUUUACCAUACUUAAAUAUUUUUACAAAGGUUAUAUGAACUCACUCUGUCUGGUAAAAAGUGUGUACACCUUAUUUCUCACACACCCAAUCUUGGAUUAAGCUGAAAUUGUGCAUAAUUAUCAUAUUUUGGCGCAUAUAAUCUGCAGGUUAUAGAAGUUUUUUACAAACGAAUGGCAGUUGUGUGAGCUUUAAAUAAAUUUAUUUUACUCAUAGACCGGUGGGUCUUUAUUACCUCCUAAAGCUCACUGCGUAGUUGUGGUUCACUGUGUGGUAUGAACAUUUCAUUCUAAACCUCAAGAAAACAAAUAAUGCUGAUGACAGUACUUUAUGUACCAGUAGUUUACAACAAGUCACGCUUUGCACAUCCUAGGUUUAUAAAGGUGCAGGUUGUACAAUUUUGUUUACAUCAAGUCACACUUUGCACAUCCUAGGUUUAUAAAGGUGCAGGUUGUACAAUUUUGAUUUUACUUAUUUUUUAUUUGUGCGUGGUAUACGGGAGAGGUAUAUACACACAAAUACGGUAUCUCUUUUACCUGACAAAACAAGAAUCAAUUUUUAAAAAUUAUCCAUUAAGUUAAUUAACAGUGGAUAAUUAAUUAUUUUGUUUUACAUUGAAUAAGGGAGAGAAAUUGUACUUGACUGAUGUAGUAGUAUAAGCUGAAUUAGUCCCCUUUUACUUGUACAGAGAAAUUGGUUGCCACUUUCAAGUAUCAAACUUACAAUAGAUAACUAUAAAACCUUCUAUUAUCAUAAGCCUUUCGCUGGCACAGUGGGUUUUGUGUUGAAUGAGCUGAAUUCCAACUCAAAGCCUCAAGCCUCCUCAAGCCAACUUAUUUUUAGAUGCAUUUAACAAAUGAUCAAGGUAACAUUCACCAAGACACCCCCUUCUUUCUCCCCCCACUUAUUUUCCAACUGGUCCAGACAAGUGAUAGGAGCAUACAGUAGUGAGAAAGCUAGAAGCAUGAAAUUGCACUAAACAAAAACAAUUAGUACAAAUAUUUGCACUGAUUUAAUAGUCUAUAUCUAUUACUACUUUGCUUUUGCCUGCAUAUACCUCACAUGUGCUUAUAUUACCAAAGAUGUUUGCACUCCAUCAUGGACUUAUAGUGGCAAGACUGCAAUACAAACAACGAUUUCCUUGCAUAAGCCAGUAUGGACAGUAUAGAGGGACCUCUUAUGGUCCAACAGUUACCCUGGGCAGGGUACAUAUUCCGUAUAAAGGACAAACGUAUGCUUAAAGGCAGUCUUUUUUUGGUGAGCUGAAAAGUGGUUCACGUAACAGAGGUGCCCCACUGAAAAGCUUUAAAGACCAGCUUAUUAUUACAAAUUUAAUUAUUACUGAUACACUUAAUACUCAAUGCUUUUUUUAAUAGAGUUUGAAUAAGUUAAUUUGUCGUUGUGGCUUCUAUAUUUAGAGACAUUCUUUGUAUGUUUAUGUCAUUUAAGAAAGGACUUCAAAAUUCUAUGUAGCAUUCUGAAAUGUGAUUUAUGUAAAACAGUAAUGAAUAAUAAAGAAUAUUUAUUUGA